AUGUGUGCCUUAACAGUGGCAAAUCAGGAAGAUAACGCUGGUAAGAAAUCCGAGUCCACCACUCGAGAAGAUGACCAUCGCACGUUAUCGGAAAUCGAUCAAUGGCUUUACUUGUUCGCGACGGAAGACGACCACCUCCGCCGUGAUAACGCCCUCGCGCCUCCUUCUUCUUCCUCCUCUGUUAUGUCGAGUUUUAGCAGAGAGAUGGAGAUGUCUGCAAUCGUCUCUGCUUUGACACAUGUCGUCGCCGGAAAUGUUCCCUCUCAUCAACAUGGUGUCGUUGAUGGUGGUGGUGAUGGCGGUGGUGAAGGGACUUCGAAUUCCUCUUCUUCCUCCGGACAGAAAAGGAAGAGAGAGGUGGAGAAAGGUGGCGAACCAGUCAAGGCAGCUAAUACUUUGACGGUUGAUCAAUAUUUCUCCGGCGGUAGUUCUAGCUCGAAAGUGAGAGAAGCUUCGAGCAACAUGUCAGGUUCAGGCCCAACAUAUGAGUACACAACAACUACAACAAAUGCUACUACCGAAACGUCGUCGUUUAGUGGGGACCAACCUCGAAGAAGAUACAGAGGAGUGAGACAAAGACCGUGGGGAAAAUGGGCGGCUGAGAUUCGAGAUCCUUUCAAAGCGGCUAGAGUUUGGCUCGGUACGUUCGACAACGCUGAAUCAGCAGCAAGAGCUUACGACGAAGCUGCACUUCGUUUUAGAGGCAACAAAGCCAAACUCAACUUCCCUGAAAACGUCAAGCUCGUUAGACCCGCUUCAACCGCCUCAACCGCAACGCAGUCUGUACCGCAAGCCGCUGUUCAGAGACCGAACCAGUUAAGGAACUCCGGUUCUACGACUACCCUUUUACCCAUAAGACCUGCUUCGGAUCAAAUCGUUCAUUCUCAGCCGUUGAUGCAACCGUACAACAUGAGUUACUCAGAGAUGGCUCGUCAACAACAACAGUUUCAGCAGCAGCAGCAACAUCAACAGUCUAUGGAUUUUUAUGAUCGAAUGUCGUUGCCGUUGCGUUUUGGUCACACCGGAGGUUCAAUGAUGCAGUCCACGUCAUCAUCUUCCAAUCAUCCUCGUCCUCUGUUUUCUCAGGCAGAGGUACAGCCACCCCCGCCGGAAUCAGCUAGCGAAACCGGUUAUCUCCAGGAUCUAAGGUGGUCACCAGACAAGACAAGUAAUAAUAGUAACUAUAAUAACAGUCCAUCCUCCUGA